AUCGUGUUUUGACAACUUUUUAAUACUAUUUUUUUGCUAAGUUAAAUGAUGUCGGUGAAGUAGGUCAGUAUAGUGCUUUUCUUUGUAAGUUCCGACUUCCUGUAAUCGGACUUUGUCAAGUUACUUUUUCAUUUCGUUUUUAUUCUGCCUUGAUUUUGAGGUUGAUUUUACAAAUUGUUUACAUAACUUCUUAUAUUAAUUUGUACCUCAUCGCUUCAACUUGCCGACCAUUCUAGGUCGGAUAAUGAUUUUUGCGGUUUGUCAAGCUUAAAUUAAUGCAUUUUUAUAGGAAACUUUUAAGAAUGAAGUGGAUUUAUCAUUGAUAAAUGAAAAAUGCUUUUCCAUAAAUUGGCUAAUAGGAUUUUGACUACUCUUAACCCGUGUUAUGGUGCCUCGUUAAAUCCCCUUCCGAAAAAAUCCUUCUCGAAAAAAAAUUAUGAAGUCGGGAAAAAUGAGUAUGCCAAGGAACAAGGUGCGCUAUCUAACUGUAGUACUUCUUCAAGUUACACGCGUGCCACGACCUCGAGAGUUCCAUCCCUUGUAAGUCGGAUACCUUAUACUAACCUUUCCCUAAGACUUCAACAAUCUUAUAGGGUCCUUUCCAAUUCGCAGCUAGCUUUUCGUUGCCCGACUUCUGAAUCCUGAUGUCAUUUUGUAUCAGUAUAAGAUCGUUCGUGAUAAAGGUGUGUGUGUUUAGUUACCGUAUAGUAAUGAACAGCGGUAGAAAUGAUGUUUAAUUAUGCUUUGAUUGUUAGGUGCUUUAAGAUUUGCAAAAAUUUAAUUCAGUAAUCUAUUGUUGAUCCCUUCUCGUGGUUGUUUCUGAUCACUACUUAAUGUUAGAAAUUUUUGGAUAUUGCAUUGGAAAUAAGUGUAGUUUCUCUUUUGCCGAAUGACCAAGAAAAUUGUGCUUAUGCUUUGUGUGAAACAAUCCACGGAGCUUGCUCCAGGGCCUCCUCCUAGUGAGGAAAGGUUUGGUGGUUGAUGAUUGUGGUAUUUCCUGACAUAGGGGGGACAUAGGGGGUUUUUAAUGUUUAAUACUAUAGUUCAGUGCCAAACUUAGAAGUUAGAACCGUAUUUUUCUUUUGUUGAAUUCAAAAUCAUCUACUGUUUUAUUUAUUUAUAUAUUUCUUUUCUUAUUGUUUUGUUUUGCUGAUGCCAGGUUAUUUGAAGUUCAAAUAAUAACUCUCGUUUUAGUUGCUACUUGAGCUGGAUUUGGAGGUAUUGUCAUCUGGAAAUCAUUAGGAAUAAGUGUACAACUGUGGGUUUGUUAGUACAAGGUAAUCUUAUCUCUUCUACGGUGUGUGGAUACAUUGAAAGCAAAAUAUGGGACUUUUUGAUGACUUGCCUUUGCCUGAAGACAAAGCUUAUUUGAGACGUGAACUCGCUAAAAUAGAUGAGAGUUGGACUGUUGCUCGUUUUGAUUCACUACCUCAUGUUGUUCACAUUUCGACGUCAAAAGAUCGUGAUGCUGCUGCACAAUUGUUGAAGGAGCAAAGUGAUGUUGUUGAGGAGGUUGUGGAUGAAGUAGUACAAACCUAUCAUAGUAGCUUCAACAAAGCUAUCCAAAACUAUUCCCAGAUCUUGAAGCUUUUCAGUGAUUCCACUGAGAGUAUCUCUGUCUUAAAGGUAGAUUUGGCAGAGGCAAAGAAGCACCUUAGUGCGCGCAAUAAACAAUUGCAUCAAUUAUGGUAUCGCUCAGUUACAUUGCGACACAUAAUCUCCUUAUUGGAUCAAAUUGAAGGAAUUGCUAAGGUUCCAGCACGUAUGCUCAUUGCUGAGAAGCAAUUUUAUGCUGCAGUUCAAUUGCAAGUGCAGUCUAUGCUGAUGCUCGAGAGAGAAGGUCUCCAAACUGUAGGAUUUCAACUCACUCACAUUUUAUCCUAUUUUCAUCUUAUUUUGAGUAGGAAGCUGCUAUUUUUCAUUAAUAGUUCCCCACCUUGGUUCUGCACUUCACUUGGUAUUUUAGUUAAAAGGAGCAAGUGAUUUGUACAGAUAAAAGGGCAAACAUACUAAAAGCAGGUGAUACGAUAUCCAUCAUAUCAGAAAAUCUAUAAACAAACAAAGAACAGAUGUGGCUAAACAAAUACAACAAAGCUGUUGCAUCUGUCUGCUUGUUAGAUAUUAAUAUUGCCUCAAGAAGACUAAGAAUGUGAGAAAGUCCUGUGCGUCAUAGAGAGCUAUAAUUGUUAUUCUAUCCUCUAUUAUAUGGAAAGGCAAAGGGAUGCCUCUGAAAAUGCCAAUCAUUUAGUUGGUUAUAUCAUUAUUCUACAUUUCAUUGAGAUUAUUGCUGGUUGAUUUUUUUAAUUAUUUAAUUUUAAAUAUUUUACUUCUAACUUCAGAGGAAGAACAGCAAUAAAAAAAAUAACAAAAUAGCAAUUAAAAAAAAAAUAAUUUAUCAAAAAUAGCUCAUGCAACAGUGUUUUAAUAUGGGUAAAAAAGUUGUAAACUCUACUUCUAAGGUAUUGCAUAAAGAAGCAACUUUUUUCAAACUCUGGAUAUCCAAACAUCUUUAUUAACGAAAUAUGAUUAAUUUUAUGAAGAAAAAGUGAGAACAAUUUUGAACUAAACAAAGGAACCCCA